AAGCUCAAACAAAUUGUAAACAAAAACACGUUGCCGCUAGAAAAAGGCAUGAACAUCGUGUUUCGCAGUGAAAAUACGCAAAAAUGAGUUCAAAACGAGGCGAUACCCGGCGUACUCGAGCCCAGAAGCACCAAAACACAUUCGCCUUUAAGAACGAUCUGCACGACAAACAAACGCCACUCAUAAAACUCAUCACCAACCUAAACGUGUGCGAAGUGUGUGAACAUUGCAAGAGCGUCAUCGACUGGAAGAUUAAGUAUCGCAAGUACAAACCACUCACGCAACCCAAAUCGUGCAGCAAAUGUGGCGAGCGUAAGGUAAAGCGUGCCUAUCACGUUAUUUGUCGCGAUUGUGCCCUAGCGCAUCGGUGCUGCGCCAAAUGUUUGAAGUCCGCCGACGAAGCCAGCAUCAUUCCGCCCGAACCGACGGAACAGGAGCAGGUGAAACUGAAGGCCGAGAUGGAUCAGCUAAUAAAAUCGCUACCGGAGCGUAAGCGGCGAACGUUCCUGCGGUACAUGAACCGGGGCCAGAAGAAAAAGCGACCGACCGGCGAUCAGGACGGGUCGGACGAGGAAGAAAGCGAGACAAGGAAGAAAAAGGAAAAAUUCGUGAUGCCUCGGACGAGGGAAGAGUUGCUGGAAAAGUUCACUCAGCUGAAGCUGGCUGCCGGGAAGGAUGGCGAGGAGGGAGAGAACGGAGAAGACGAUGAUUUCAGCAGUGAUGAUGAGGAUUAUGAAGACUAUAGCGAUGAGGAUUUAUCUAAAAGUUCUGGCACGAAAUAAAUGCUCUCAACCUACAGUAUCGAAAUAUCAA